AUGAGUCAUUUACCAAACAAAGCAAAGUUGAUUCAUUCAAUUUCCCGGGAUUCUCUUCCGCGGGCAUUUAAAGCCGGUGCCCUCCAUUGUGGAAUAAAGAAGAACGGCGCUUUCGAUCUCGGCAUCCUUCAAUCAUCCUCCGCAGGCUGCGUAUCGGCCGCAUCGUUUACGCAGAAUAUUUUCAAAGCGGCGCCGGUUGUCUGGUCGAGCGAGGUACAGCAUAGAUCCUCUGGCGGUGCUUCUGCGCUGAUUGUGAAUUCUGGCUGUGCAAAUGCGGUGACGGGGAAGCAGGGGAUGAUUGAUGCACAGGCGAUGACAACCGCCGUUAAUGAUCAGCUAGGGCGGGAUAACAGCACACUCGUUAUGAGUACAGGCGUUAUAGGACAACUGCUUCCUAUAAAACGCAUCACUGGUAGCAUAGCACCUCUUUUCCACGCCACGAGAGAAGACGAGCACAGCUGGAUGGAUCUAGCACGCUCAUUCAUGACCACUGAUACUUUCCCUAAGCUGCGCGCUAGUCUAUUGCGUCUCCCAAGCGGCAGAAGCGUGCGAGUGGCUGGUAUCGAUAAAGGUGCGGGUAUGAUCCAUCCGCAUAUGGGUCCACCUAGCACAAUAUCUAGAUUACCACACGGUACUCUACUCGGUGUAAUAGCCACCGAUGCUCCCGUCUCCAGCACAGACCUCCAGCAAACACUCGAUCAUGUCGUUGACCGCUCGUUUAACUCUAUCUCAGUAGACGGGGACAUGUCGACCAACGACACUGUCCUCGCUUUCGCUAAUGGAGCCGAGGGCGGUGAAAAGCUCAGCGGCGAUGACCUAAUCUCGUUUCAAACGCAGCUGACUGACUUCGCUAUAGAUCUCGCACAGCUCGUCGUCAGAGAUGGCGAAGGUGCCACCAAGUUCGUCGCCGUCAACGUCGAUAAUGCGCCAUCAUACAGUUUGGCUAGACAAGUUGCGCGCUCCGUCGCUACUUCCUCCCUUGUGAAAACUGCCCUUUACGGCCAAGACGCUAAUUGGGGUAGAAUCCUCUGCGCCGUGGGUUACGCACCCCUUUCUGGAAUACCCUCGCAGUCAUCUGAUCCUCCAAUCGAUCCUUCUAAAGUCACAGUGAAAUUCAGACCGACAGACGGUUCACCAGAUGUUCGCCUUCUCACAAACGGCGAACCCGAGACCGUCGAUGAGGCUAGAGCCGCGGAGGUGCUCAAGAUGGAAGAUUUAGAUAUUCACAUCGAUUUGUGCAUCGGUGAGGAGACGGCUAGGUACUGGACUUGCGAUUUGUCUCAUGAAUGUGAGUAUGUUACUAUUAAUGGAGACUACCGUUCGUAG